AUGAAAAGGCACAGAUGUAUAGAUUACUGCACUUAAAAUAGAAAACUGUUCAUGUACAAAGAACGAAGUUUUACUUAUUUUUUAGGCUCACCCUGGAAAACUGAUGGUUGUGAGACUCAAAGCUUCAACCAAUCAGAUGAACAGGACAUUGCGUGCUAUUGUGACCAUACUACACCGUUUGCUGUUCUUCUGAUAAGAGGUCAAAUUGCAGCAGUCCACUGGAAAAUAUUGUCAUACAUCAGUUACAUAGGCUGCGGUCUGUCAGCUUUCUUUACUGCUUUGUCUCUUUUGAUGUAUGCUUUCAGUCGUAACCACAAACUGGACUACUCACUAUCUAUUCACGUAUCCCUGAGUGGGGCCUUGUUUCUGCUCAAUUCAUCCUUCCUGCUGACUGAGUGGGGAGCUACACUGGACCUAGAGGGCGUGUGUGUGUUUGUUGCAGCAUUCAUGCAUUACUCCUUGCUCUGCAGUUUCACCUGGAUGGCCAUGGAGGGACUUCACCUUUAUCUAAUGCUGAUCAAGGUGUUUAACACCUACUACAAACACUACCUACUGAAACUUUCACUUGCGGGUUGGGGUAUUCCUGCUGUAAUGGUGGCAGUCUCUGUAGGAGUGAUGGAUUGCAAACAGUUUUAUGGAGUUAAACAGAUGACCAUGGCUGACACCAACCAAACUAGUUCGAUCUGCUGGAUCACUGACGACACCUUCUUCUACUCCUUGAACCUGGUAUAUUUCACCCUUGUUUUUAUCUUUAACACUGGCAUUCUCAUGGCAGUGGCUUCUAGCAUAUGUAAGAUGAAACAAGUGUUACAGACUACCUUAAAGACAGGAGCCACAGCUAAGGGGAAAUUGUGGGGAGACCGAGAGAGGCUUAACGCAUCCUGUAAGAGUGGCCUAACAUUGUUUGGUCUUACUUGCCUGAUGGGUACCACCUGGGGCCUGGCCUUCCUGGGUUCUGGAUAUAUCAACUACCCCAUUCUCUACCUUUUCUGUAUCCUCAACUCCACACAAGGUUUCUUUAUCUUCCUGUGGAUUUGUCUGUCAGCAAAGAAGCAGAGAAAGAGGGCUAAGGAGGACCGAACAUCUUCAGCUCCUGUGAGAACUACAGAAAUCAAAUCUGAUUAGAGUUACUCUCUACCAUUUCUGCUCUACAUGUAAUCUUCUGUUAUGUUAGAUUUAA